UGGCCGCGGCUUUGCACAGGCAAGUGGUCAGCCCGGCUCAGCUGAGCCCCCGGGCAGGUGACCCAGUGCUGCGUGGGGGAGCGGGCAGCCCUCAGCCAGGGGUUAGGCGGUCCUCACCCUGCCCCAUGGGCUGCGCGGCCUUCACUAAGCCGUUUCCGCAGACGUUGGCCCCAGCUGCCGGCCAGGGCCCCAGAGUGGAUCUGGCUGCUCGUGCAGAGGCGUGGCUGGAUCGCGUGUGUGCCCAUCUGGGACUAGGGGUGCGGGAGCCCCACCGGGGGGAGCGGGCGGCCUUUGUGGCCUAUGCCCUGGCUUUCCCCCGGGCCUUUCAGGGCCUGCUGGACACGUACAGUGUGCAGAGGAGCGGUGUCCCUAACUUUCUGGCAGUGGCCCUGGCGCUGGGGGAGCUGGGCUACCGAGCGGUGGGUGUGAGACUGGACAGCGGUGACUUGCUCCAGCAGGCCCAGGAGAUCCGCAGGGUCUUCAGGACAGUUUCGGUCCAGUUCCAGACGCCCUGGCUGGAAUCCAUCUCCAUCGCCGUCAGCAACAACAUUGGCGAGGAGGAGCUGGCCCGGCUGGCCCAGGAGGGCAGUGAGGUCAACGUCAUUGGCAUCGGCACCAGCGUGGUCACGUGUCCACGCCAGCCUUCCCUGGGCUGCGUCUAUAAGCUGGUGUCCGUGGGAGACCAGCCGCGCAUGAAGCUGACCGAGGACCCCGGGAAACAGACGCUCCCUGGGAGCAAGGCCGCUUACCGGCUCCUGCGCGCCGAUGGGUCUCCGCUGUUGGACGUGCUGCAGUUGGCGGAGGAGCAACCCCCCCAGGCUGGCCGAGAGCUCAGGGUCUGGCCUCGAGGGGCCCAGGAAGCCUGGACCGUGAAGCCUGCCCGUGUGGAGCCCCUGCUGAGACUCUGGGUCCAGCGGGGACAGCUGUGUGAGCCCCUCCCAUCUCUGGCCGAAUCGAGAGCCUUCGCCCAGCUGUCCCUGAGCCAUCUGAGCCCGGAGCACAAGCGGCUGGAGCAGCCUGCCCCCUACCCCGUGGCGCUGUCUGAUAAGCUCCGGACACUGGUGGCCAGCCUGCUGGCCGGAGGGUCCUCAUGAACAUGACGGGGUCAGGGCCACCACAGACCAACACGAGUCACUCUCUGUCCUGCA